GUCAGUUCACGUCAGUUCAGACGUUCUUUCAUUCUUUCAUAUCAUGUAUCAUAAUUAGGUAGUAGGUAGUAGGUACCUAUCUUUGUAUAUGCGUAGCAUCUAUAAUAGUAGUCUGUGGUUUAAAUUUUUAUCACAGCCUCCUUACAAGAACUACGUUGUUUUUAUCAUAUAAAUUGAUUGUGAGAUAAACUGGAUUUCAUUUUAUGCUAUACCUAGUGUUCCAAAGAGCAUUAUAGUACAUGCUUAGUGUUAAUUUCAUAUUAUAAGGACCAAGGAUAUAAGUUAUUGUAAAUAUUAUGAUUUAUUUCGAAAUACAACAUGAAUAGCGAUAUCUCAGAUUGCGAGGAAGAAUUGCUGGUGUAUGUGGAAUUUAAAGAUAAUGUAGAUAUUGAAAAUUACAAAAGUAUUCAUGUCUUGGGCGCUGAUGGCAACCGCCCUAUCGUACAAAUGGACGAUAUGUUUUUCACAGUAUCCUGGUAAUGCAAAAGAAGGUUUGCAAAAUGGAAACUUUAGAAGAAAUUUUUCAAGAUAUAAAUAGAAAAUAUGUUAAAAUUAAAUGUAACGACAGAAAAUUGAACAAUUCGGUACUAGAGGAAGCUCUUGAAAUACUUAUCAAUAAAAUGAAAAAAUAUGACAACUUAUUUUGCAGUAUGUCUCCUCGGUUAGAAUACUUAGGUAGUUAUUACGAGGGUUUACGAGUUGGUCAGCCAACAGAAUACGAUAUAAAUAUUGUUUUUAAAAUACCAGUCAAUUACAAAAAUAUAGUACUAGAUGCAAGCUGCAGCGAACAUGGUUAUACCAGUAUAAAAAUGCCUUCGGAAUUUAGAAGACUUUUUAAAAAACCUACAACAGAUAUUAAAGGAUUUAAAGAUACAGAGCUGUGGUGCAAUAAAUAUCAUUGUAUGUCUGUAAAGAGAUUUAGGUCUUGGAUGCAAAAAGUUGUAGAUGCUGCAAUCAGCACCAUUCCAAUGAAAAAUGGAAAGCACAUUAUUUGUGUGAGUGAUAAAUACUACGAAAUUUCCGCAAAAAUACAGGGCCCUGCAAACACUUUAAGUUUGACUAACAAUGGCAAGACAAUAGAUAUUGACCUUGUUCCUACAUUAGAAUUUGAAUUACCCAAAACGCCCAUAUUUUCAAAAGUUGAAUUUUCCAAAAUUGAACUUACUAAACUUAAAAAAUACUUUGUAGUGCCUAAACCCAACGGGAACGAUAUAAGCUGGAGAUUAGCUUUUCCUUUCCAAGAACGCUAUUAUAUAAAAGAUAGAAAUAAUUUAAAAAGCGCCUUAAAAAUGCUUAAAUUAUUGCGUGACGUUCAGGGUUUUAAAAAAUUAGCAAGUUAUUAUAUAAAAACCCUUUUCUUAUGGGAAAACGCAAAACAAAAUGAUGAAUUUUGGAAGCAUAAUUCUUUGUCUUUUCUUGUAUUACAUAUGUUAAGAAAACUAAAGGAUUGUUUGUGUGUUGGCAAAAUUUGUAACUUUUGGUGUCCUGAUCAUAAUCUUUUAGAAAAAGUUAAGACAGACACUUGUAGAAAUUGGUACAAUCGACUUUCGAAUAUAAUAGAUGACAUAGAGAAAAAUCAACAGAGUAACCCUCAUAUUGUGUAUAAAUAUUUUGUUGAUCACCAAUCAAUUUGUAACUACGUACCCAACGAGAAAAGACUUCGAAAAAAUUAAAACGGGCCGCUUCGCUGACAACAAUGUAAUCUCGUCUAAGGGAUCCAAUCUUGGGCAAUUCGCAUUCGAAGAAAUCUCACAGUGCUGCAUGAUUUGGGAUUGGAACUUAGAACGUUUCGGCCACAACAACAUAUAGAUAUAACAUUAAUAUAUUUAAUCUGUUUUUACAUCUGAUUGGUAAAACAAAUAUUGUACCUAAGUAAGUACUUACUCAGUACUUAUAUAACAAUGUUGUAAAUCAUCGUUGCAAAUUUAAAAUUUCUUAUGGGUAAGUACAUAAAAUUCCUUAUCGUACUCGUAAGAAACUUUAAAUUCGCAACAAUAUACCUAUGUAAAUACUUGUGCAGGUAUGCAUACAUAAUACAUACAUAGGUACUACCGGUAAAUUUGAGUUACAAAUAUGUACUUGCCUACGUAAAUCAUUAGGAUGUAAUAAAGGAAUGGAAAUGGUUUAUUAA